AUGCGCUUCUGUUCUGUGGUUGCUUGCACCCUCCUGGCGCUUGGCCAGACAGGGCUCUGCGAUCGCCAAGAUAGCCACCUGAGUUUACUGUCGGGAAGUGCCGCCAGCCGCGCUCGUGCUCUCGUCAGAACAGGUCUCGAAAGGCCCAGUUCCACAAAGAGGCAGAUCAGCCUCGGGGACGGAGGCAUCAGCAUCGGCGGUGCGAAUGGGCUGAAGCUCGGCGGUAAGGGCAAGGGUCAGGGUGCCGAAGCGGGAGGCAACGUUGCUGGCAACCGGACCGCAAAUAACAACGCUGGCUUGACGAUUGGAGGUGUUCAGCUCGGGGCCGACGGCAAAUCUGCUGGAACAACCGGCAACAGCGCCCUUGACGCAUUCUUGGGUGCAGCCAACGGAAACAAGAAGGCGGGCAACGGCACUGCAAACGCCGCAGAAGGAGCAGCAGCUCCUGGAAAACAGGCUGGAGAAGGCCAGAAAGUCAAUGCCGGGGAAGGAAAAAAGAAUCAAGCUGGGGAGGCUGCUGCUAAAGAGGGGCAACCUAAAGCUGUGGGAGAGUCGGAACAAUUCAAGGACGACGCCGGAAUUACUAUUGGUGCUAACGGCCAAGUUCAGAAUGUUGGUGGCAACCUGGGCAUCACGAAGGGCAGCGAUGGCAGCACUUCCGUCGGUGGCAAGUCUGGUAUCAACAUAAGCGCUCGGGAGGAUGACGGAUCCGAUCACAGUAAUGAAGACGGGCAACAAUAA